AUGUCCGGUGAUUGCUCGAUUAUUGACUGGUUUGAGAAGAUCCAAAGUUGUCCAGAUCAUCAGGUUCAUGCACACUUUGCAUCGCUAGCAUGGAGUAUUUGGUACUCGAGAAAUUUGCUUAUUUUUCAGCAAAAGGAAAUCUCCCACAUGGAGUGUUUGGUGAUUGCAAAUCAAGCGUGUUGGAAGCCCCCUCUGCGUGCGAGUACUCAACAUCAACAAGCGGUAACUGUUACUUGUGAUAGAGAAGGACAGCGGAAGAUUUCAUGUGAUGUGGCGUGGAAUGGAUGGAAUGGGAUUGGGAUUGGUGUGGUGAUGACAACGGAGGAUAGUGGUGUGGUGGGAUGCAGGUACGGAUUCAUUCAAGGGAAUUUCUCGGUGCUGGAAGGGGAAGCUUUGGCACUUCUUGAAGGCAUGUAUUUAGGUCGGGAACACGGAGUUGAAGACGUUAUCUUCGAAACUGAUAGCCAAUCUCUUUAUUGGUUGUUACAUAAGCGAGAGGAUGAUCUUUCCUACUUGGGAAACACGCUGCGAGAUAUCAACAGGGAGAUGGAUUCUUUUAGCCUUGCAAUGCUCAGCUGGACGCCCAGAGAUGGAAACUUUGUUGCUGACAAGCUUGCUUCUUUUGCUUUAUGUAAUUUUUCUUCUCUUUCGUCUGCUUUGGUUCUAUCUUUUGAUGUAAACAUUCUUUUUGCUUAA